GUUCAAAACUUCGCCAAACGCUAUCAAGUAGUUUGGGUUUUGUUUACCGCUCUGUCAUCAUGCCUGCUGAAAACCUACGAUGGGCAACUUUAGAGGCCUUAAAAAAUUCACCAAAGGCAAAAAUCUCAUUCGACCCGUACUGGUCAGAAAGGGGCGAGCAUAUUUUGACUGGUUGUAAAGAGACCUUCAGCUUGUCCUCGCAUUCUGGGAUCAUAUUGGAGCGUCUCGGCUCCUUGCCCCUGCAGACCUCCAGCUUUCUGGGCUCCAUCUCCGGAAACUCCAGCCCUGAGGAGAUCUCGGCCUCAGUUUCAUCCACAGGAUCCAUCCCUGACCUCAACGCUAAGCAAGCCGCACUUUCUACAGCCCCGCCUUUAAGGACCGAGAGUGACCAGGCUGUUAGUGAUAACACGAAGGAUGAAGAUCCAGAGGCAGGUGUCAGCGAAGUUUCCAGUCCUGCAUCACUACCUACCAUCUCCCUGCUGUCACCCAAAGCCAUGGAGACGGCUGGUCUCAUUAUCAAAUUUGAGGAUGAGCAGCGUGAAAAGGCCAAGGUGGCGCUCAAACUGCGGCUGGAAAUGCAGGAGAAGCUGGUGGCGGCGGUGGCAAACUCCGAGUCGGAGCAGCUGAAACGUUUCGAGGAGUUCAUGGAGCUGAAGCAGAGGCAGGAGUACCAGAGCAUGAGGGACAUGAUGGACAGAGAAACUAAAGAGAGCAUCGGGCGUCAAGAGAAACUGAAGGAAGAGCAGCGACACAGAAUGAAGAUCCUCAAUCUGCGGCUGAGAGAGGCGGAGCAGCAGCGCCUGCGGGAGGCAGAGCUCGAGCGGCAGCGACAGGCAGAGGGCAGGGAGAGACUGCGUAACCUUAACACCAUCCAGGAGGAAAUCCUGCAGCUCAACCAGCUGCUGGAGCCAUCCAGCAAAACUGAUCUCCCGUCGGCCAGCCUCAGCUCCUACAGCAUGCGCGGAAACCAGCUGUGCUCCCAGGUGUCCGAGGUGGUGCGAAAGACAGCAGAGGGAGAGUUUCCUAGCAUGGAGGACAUGACCGUGGCGGAGCGAGCACUCCACGAAAUGAGGGCGCUGAUCAGGCUGAUGCAGGAGGAGGUCGCCAAAGCUCAAGAGAAGAAGAAGAAGGAUCAGGAGGAGGAAGAGCAGCGCCGGAAGCAGGUGGAGCUGCAGGUGCAACAGGAAGCGCAGAAGAAGGCAGCGCAGUCGGCCAAAGAGAAGGUGAAGGAGAGGAAAGGGCUGCAGAACAGUGCUGAAGACAGCACACUGAAAUGGUACAAGGAGCUGCAGGAGUCGGCUGCUCGGUGUGCUCAGUCCUUUGAACAACUCAACUCUCCAAAAGACACCCAGACCAAGAAGCUGAAGCUGGAGCUCCAGAAAGCAGCUAGCAUCCCCGUCAGUCAAAUCUCCAGCAACUCGGGAUCGCAGCUCCAAGAAAUCUUUGACAAGAUCGACAAGCUGCUGUCGGGGCGGGCGGUGAUGUCUGGGGGGAAAUCUGUCUCCACCUCUCAGCAUCCACAGGGUCUGAACUUUGUCAGCUACAAAUUGGCUGAGAAGUUUGUGAAACAAGGAGAGGAGGAGGUGGCGUCUCACCACGAAGCCGCAUUCCCCAUUGCCGUGGUGGCCUCUGGUGUCUGGGAGCUGCACCCACAAGUGGGAGGGUUCAUCCUCGCCCACCUGCACAAGAAAUGUCCGUACUCGGUCCCACAUUACCCUCCGAUGAAGGAAGGAAUGCCUGUGGAGGAAUAUCAGAGGAUUCUUGGUUACCGUGUGGACGACUCUGGGGUUGAAGGUCAGGACAGUUUCCUGAAGAGGAUGUCUGGGAUGAUCCGGCUCUACGCCGCCAUUAUCCAGCUGAGGUGGCCCUACGGCUCCAAGCAGGGGUGUGCUCCUCACGGUCUGAACCACGGCUGGCGUUGGUUGGCUCAGAUGCUCAACAUGGAGCCUCUGGCAGACAUCACGGCAACCCUCCUGUUUGACUUUCUUGAGGUUUGUGGUAAUGCUUUGAUGAAGCAGUAUCAGGUCCAGUUCUGGAAACUCAUCCUGCUACUUAAAGAGGAAUACUUCCCAAGAAUUGAAGCGGUGACCACCACUGGACAGAUGGGCUCAGUCAUCAGACUCAAACAGUUUCUAGAGACGUCGCUGCAGAGCCGACAGAUCAGUCCGCCCAAAGGCCAGCUGAGCUCCAUGUUCUGGAGGUCGUGAUGGAGGAGGGGCCAUGUUGGAUGUUGCUGCAUGAUGCCGAUUAGGCAUGGAAGGAGACUUUCUCUACAACUUCAGUUAGUAGCAGGAAACUGCAGAUAGAUGGCCGCCACUUCUGCAGCUGCUGUAGCUCAUGGACUUUGGUGUCAGUUUCAUUUACUGAAGAGAACUGACCAGAAGGAAUUUGAUGACGAUGACACAAUGAAGACCACUACAUUUUCUGAAUCUCAUUAUGUUCCAAAGUAAAAAUGAAUCCAACAGUUUUGAACGGCUAACGGCAAGAUAUUUAUCUUCGGGUUCUUCAAAACAAUGAAGGGAGCACUUCUUGCCAACUUAGCCGUCCUCCAACAGCUGUUCGAAUGGUUUUCUGGGUGUCACCGUUGAAACGUGUCUCUGUGCACUGGUGGUUUUCUGCUUCUUUCAGCUUUUAGAAUAUAGUUCUUAAAUGAAGACAAGAAAUAAUUAUGCGUUGUGUUGAGAUGUAAGCGUCUCCUUUAACGUUUCUUGUGAAGUGCCUCAGUUUGAAUCCUUAAUGUAAAAGAUGUGUUCAAGCUCAUAAUGUGAAGCUGUUUAUAUCGGGGGGGGGGGCUAUUUUAUUUAACUCCAUUUGGUCACUACAGGAUCUCAACAAGUCUUGAAGCAAAAUGGGGUUAAAUGAUUUUAACUUUUGCUAUUUAUAUUUUUAUUAAUCCACCAUGUGGAACAGCUUUGUGUAAACUGUUAACCAAUGUGAAUGAAGUUAUCCCAAGACUAGAAAUAUAUAUGUAGAGGGAUUUAACUGCAAAUGUGUUCAAAACGUGCAUUAGUCACACAACACAAAUUAUUUGAUACAGAAAUCUAAAGAUGACCUUAAAGGGAAACUCUGUGUGCUUGUUUUGAAGGCGCAGAGGUGUGUUCUGAACAUAAUGUAGACCGGUGUGUAACAAGAAAGAUUGUAAUCAUCAUCUAUGAACCAAAUGGCUGAAAUAAAACCUCAUCAGCAGUUUA